AUGUCUUUCAAUACUCAAUUCGCGGCGUUAGGAUCCCAGCAUAAACUGGUAGAUGCUGUUCUGUGGGCUGUUUUUGCCGUUGGUGUCUUGAAAGCUACCAUUUUCCUUCUAAGUUUCUCGUCCUUAUUGCUGGACUUGUUUGUUUUACCAGGUGUCAAUUACCGUAAGUAUGGUGCUAAAAGUGGCAAAUACUGUGUGGUUACCGGUGCCAGUGAUGGUAUUGGCAAGGAAUACGCCCAUCAACUGGCCAAACGCGGUUUCAAUCUAGUACUCAUCUCGCGUACCCUUUCGAAACUGGAAGAUUUGAAAUCGGUUCUUGAAAAGACCUACAAAAUCGAGGUUCGCAUUUGUGCAAUUGACGUUUCUGAAGACUCGUCUGAUAACUAUACUAAGGUCAAGGAGAUCUGCUCUGGAAUUCCUAUCACCGUGCUAAUCAACAACGUCGGUCAGAGCCAUAGCAUCCCGGUUCCGUUCCUGGAGACUGGGGAAGACGAGCUUCGCAAUAUCAUCACGAUCAACACCACAGCUACUUUGAAAAUCACGCAACUCGUUGCACCUUUGAUUGUGAAAUCUGCCAAAGAAGCACGAUGCAAAGGCUUGAUUUUGACCAUGGGUUCCUUCGGCGGUCUUCUCCCAACACCCUUGCUGGCCACAUAUUCAGGGUCCAAGGCAUUUCUGCAGGCCUGGUCCGCUGCUUUGGCUGGCGAACUCAAGUCUCAAAAUGUAGACGUUGAAAUUGUUCUGUCUUACCUGGUCACUAGCGCAAUGUCGAAAAUUCGCAAAACCUCUAUGAUGAUCCCAAACCCAGCCCAAUUCGUUGCAGCCACAUUGAAGAGUGUUGGAAGACGUUCUGGAGCUCAGGAACGCUACGCUACUAUGACACCUUUCUGGUCUCAUGCAAUUUAUGAAUUUGUCAUUGAAAACACCGUUGGUGUAUAUUCCAAGCUCGCGAACACCAUCAACUACAAGAUGCACAAGAGCAUUAGGACAAGAGCUUUACGCAAAGCCGCAAGACAUGCUAAACAACAGUAG